CUGUAACUCGUCCAUGCCCAGAGCGGUGAAGGUGGCGGCGGUGGGCAGCCAGAGUUACCUCGGAGCCAUCCUGCAGUUCUUCGUCACUCAGCUCGCCAACAAGACGUCCGACUGGCUCAACCACAUGCGCUUCCUGGUGGUGCCUCUGGGCUCCCAUCCCGUUGCCAAGCACCUGGGCGCCCUCGACAACCGCUACAGCUCCUCUUUCCUGGACGGGCCGUGGAGAGACGUGUUCAGCCGCUCUGAGCCGCCACAGACAGACCAGCUGGACGUCGCAGGAAGAAUCUCCCAGUUCAUCAGCGGAGCCACCGUCACACAUCAGCUGCCCAUCGCUGAGGCCAUGCUCACCUGCAAACACAGGACGCGAGAUGAAGACUCUUACCAGAAAUUUAUUCCUUUCAUUGGGGUGGUGAAGGUCGGUCUCAUCGAGUCGGGUCCUUCUCCGUCAGGAGACUCAGAAGAGGGCGUGGCCGUGAGUCUGGCCGUCCCCUCCACGUCUCCGCCCUCCCAUGGUUCCCCCACAGGGAUGAUCAAGGAGGCGGCCACGCCCCCCUCCUCCCCCUCCAUGGGAACUGUCCUGGCGGUGCAAGGGAGUCCCAGCAUGUCUCACGGUGUGGACGCCAUCGGCCUGCAGGUGGAUUACUGGCUGGCUUCGCUGGCUGAGAAGCGGCGGGAGGGCGAGCGACGCGACACGGGCUGCAAGAACACGCUGAAGAGCGCCUUCCGCUCGCUGCAGGUCAGCAGGUUACCAGGUGGGGGCAGCAGCGACACACAGGCUCAGGUCAGCACCAUGGCCAUGACUGUGGUCACCAAGGAGAAGAACAAGAAAGUUCCCACCAUCUUCUUGGGGAAGAAGCCCAAGGAGAAGGACGUGGACUCAAAGAGCCAGAUCAUUGAAGGCAUCAGCCGACUCAUCUGCUCUGCCAAGCAGCAGCAGACCAUCCUGAAAGUGUCCAUCGACGGCGUGGAGUGGAACGACGUGAAGUUCUUCCAGCUGGCCGCCCAGUGGCCCUCUCACGUCAAAUAUCUACCUGUCGGACUUUUCGGCUACAGCAAGCCCCCCUCCUAGGAGUGAGCGCCCCCGCGACUCCCUUGACCCGGUCUGGACCUUGGACUCUUCUCGUCCCUGUCCCACGCAGACCCUGCGGAGGGAAGACGUCGAGUGGACAGGCGACUUUUCUUUGGUUUCACGUUCGCUGCACUCGUCUUAAUUCUCUUUGGGGGAGGGGUAGGAGGAGGAGUUUUGGGGUGCAGCGCUGUUACUGGUGACGUUACCGCCCCCUGUCCGUGUGUGUGGCGAGUGAACACGUGAAUGUACAGUGUGUGUAUGUGUGUGUUUACAAGGGGCUUACAGCACAAGUUUAUUCGCUAACUGCCAUUUACGUUUCCGUUCUAUGGAAUGCAACAGCAUGCAACAACUCACCGAUCUCACGCCCCCUGACCCUUGACACCUUGACCCCUGACCUUUGGUGAAACCCUCGAAGGUCACGCCCAGCGACCUGAUCCACACAUGCAUGCGCCGAACUCACAGAUACACCACUCAUGUGCCGUACACAAAAUAAAAAGUGAUGCAACAGGGCUUCAGUGUUCGCAUGAGCCAAUGAAAACACAAACGUCUGCUCACUAAAUGCAGCCAAUAGCAGGCAGGCAUGUGACGAAUAUAUACUCCACAUCAAUAUAACACACGCCCUUCACAGCAGGCCCAGACGUCUUUCUUAUUUAUUUCAAGGGCUUCCAUUUAACUCUUUAAAAUACUUCUUCUGUACCAAUACAAGUCACUUCAAUGUCUCCAGCCAAAUGUUUCCUUUAAAAACUAGAAAAAAUGAAAAUAUAUUCAAGGGAAGUGUCUUUUUGUUGAAAUUGUGCUCUUGUGAAAAAUAGUUGAACCUUCCCUUUCAUGCUGUUGUGUGAUGCUUGUGUACUUUUAUUGUGAAGAGUUCCAGGAUUUCAGUGCAGGGGCUACUGUAACGUGCAGUUUCCUUUAUCGUCUCAUUUGCUAUGCACAUGUGGCCCAUCGCUGAACCGCAGACCCGUCCUCAUAUGCAACAGGAAACUGAAACAGCAAAAUGCAUAUUUAAAGGAGACGUGAGGCUUUUUACAACAACCAGAGCGUCACUCGGUGGAGCUCUACCUCCGCUCUGCCUACGCCAAGGCCCAACAGUCACCUGAUGAAAUGAAAUUCACCGGAUCUCACACAAACAUCGGUCCCUUAAUUAUUAUCUGAGAAAUCUGUGAAAAUCUCACAAUCUUAAAGACAGUGACGACAAGUUCCUGGAUGUGCACUGUGUGAUACCACAUGUGUCCAGCAGGGUGUCAUGUGUCAUCACCCAAAUCAAAAUGAUGAACCUGAAUCUGAGUCUCCUUCUAAACAUCCAACACUCAGCAGCAUUGACGGGAACAUGUUCGGAGAAGCGUUUUCUCUCCCAGGACGAGCCCUGCUCAUCUCACGAGUAUUCACGCGACAAGAACGGGAGUUAAUCGCCCGCGAUAAAGCACAAUGUAGUCGCCACCCACGAUAUCUGCUCUUUAACGGGAGCUGAACCAGCAGCUUUGUCUGAAACCUGGGGGAUAGUUCAAUAAAUAAAACAGUGUUUGGUUUUGUUA